AUGGCCUAUCGACGGCUCGUCAUGGUCGACAGUCGAGCAAUUUUCCAGCCUUAUGGCUCGACCCAGCCCAUCAAUUAUCUUUCCCGUGCCUUCGAUGAAGAUGUGGCUGCUGAACGUGCAUUCAACACCCAGAAUAAUUAUCGCGCCUCUACUGGGGAAUACAAUUCUACUGCUUUUGCACAUAUGGGAACCCGUUUCCUAACCCCGGGAUCCGGCGGCCUAGACAGCGAUAUUCUUGAAAGUCAUGAUUUUCAACCAGCAAGUCCUCACAGGCAUCACCAGCAUAAUUCUUUUCCGUCAUCUGGAUACAGUCCACCUGUCUCGGCCCCCACGCGCAAUCCUGGAGCGCAUCAAAGUGCCAGUGGUCGACCGAUGUACUCUCCUAUGCCUGGAGUAGGUUCAGAUCACGCGGAAACACACGGCACGCCCGAACAGAGCAGUCCUCCCCUUGGGACUCUGCGAAAUCGAAAGGCAUACACCAUCCGCGGAGAACCACGCGGGGUGUAUGAGCCAACUCUCGAUUGGCGCUACCAAGUGCAGAGACCUCCUGGCGACUUCUUUGUUGUGGGAAGGGUCUUCGCAAUCCUCUGGCAUGAGGGCAAAGGACAACAGGGAACCGUAAUCUCACAAGGGACCGUAAUACCGGACUUCAACAGCCUAGGCAGAUCCACCCAAAACCAAUUCACCAGAGGCAGAUUUGGAGAGGAGAUCUUCAGCGGUAUCCGGCGCAUGGUGGUUGUUAAAGCGAUGAGCCAAUGCGCCUGGUGUGUACCCAUCACCACUUAUGGUGGCAAAGGAGUAGCCAAACCCGGCGUCGACCCAGCAAAACAUGCCAUUGUAUAUAUGCGGGGAUCUGUGCCGACCUGCAAGGCUGAUGAGCCACGAAUGACCAAGGAACCCUUGGAAGUCGAACCAGCGAGACCUGACGAGAGACUCGAUGAGAUGUCUCGUCUGAAUUUCGGCAAGGUCUACACCGUCGAACAUAAUGUCAAAGUGCGCAAUGUCGGGAUGAUAUCCCGGAUCUCAAUGGUCAAAUUCCGAGGCUAUGCAAGUAAUGAAUUCAGACUCGACAUUUAA